CAGAAAGGGACGUAACUCCGACGUGGAGCUGAGAGACUUUCCGCUUUUCUGACCCUGUUCUUCUCAUAUGGUCGAACGUUUAUUUGCACAAGAUUAUAUAUUUCUGAAGCCAGGAGACAUGGUGCUUCAGUGUGAAUACUGUAUGGUGACUGUUCCUUCAGAGGAGGCCAUGAAGGACCACGUGAAGGGGAAGCGCCACAUGCGGGUGAUCGAGGCCAGCAAACAGCGGCAAAAACAAGCCAGCCUCACUGUCUUUACAAAGGGAUUCAGUGAUGAAACCACUGAGGACGAACUCAGAACAUAUUUCUCAAAGUUUGGCAAGGUGGAGAAAAUAUUCAUGGAGUACAAGAGGACUGUAGCCUCGUACCUCACUUUCCAUGCUGUCGUUCUAUCGUUCUAUGUGUCCUUCAACAAGAGUUGA